AUGAAAGUUCGCAGAAAAGAGAGAAGAGGAGUGUUUCAGAGAGUCCAGAUAUUACUGCGAAGAAUUAUCUCUAAAUUAAUGAUGAAUCUUUGGCGCAUCCUAAACAAGGUGGUAUAUCUAGGCAACACAGACAACUUAAAUACCAAAACUCAUAAGUUUUGCAAUAAAUUGCAUAUGAGGAUAUGGAGAGAUAUCAAAAUAAUCAUGGCAGAAUGGAAACUCAGCAGUUUUAGAACCUACAAGAAACGAUCUGUAAGCAGAAUCGCCAGCAAAAAGAUCAGCAAUAAUUCUGCCAAAAGAAAUUUCCCUGCAGACUUUUUUGCUAAAAGAAACAAUGAAUCACGUUGUGGUUCGUAGUAAAGACUUAACUCAUAAGAAUCUAAUGGACGUAUUUCAAAUAGUUCAAGUCGUUAAUUUGCAGAUGCCGAAUUCACCCAAAAUAAGGCUAGUAGAAAUACACAGCAAAACCUGGAGUAACCUAAAUUGCCAAUGAUUGGAAGAAAUCAAAGUGCUCCAAUGCUUCAGGCCUUAAACAUCGAGAACCAAAAUUAAAAAGUUCAGCCCAUAAGUAUCACGAAUCAAAGAUAAAAUUAGCUAUUGCAAUCCAGUUAAGAGAAUACUAAGAAAAGAGUAAAGUCAUUUAGAAAAUCAAUUUAAUCAGAAGAUUGUGAUCGUUACAAGGAUUUAUAAGAAAAUGAGUCCGAUAUCUACAAUAGCUAUAAAUAAUACAGAGAAAGUAGAAAUUUAUUUCAAACUGAGAUAGGAUCUCCAUUGAUGGAAUAAAUGCACAUAUUAAAGAAAAAUUGCGACAAAAUUAUAUUCUCUAGCGGUUUAUAUAACUAAAUACCAAUUCAUGAGGAAGAUUCGCCUAAAAUGGUCAAUCAUUAUGAAAAAAGGAAAAUGAGUCAACCUGAAAGAUCUCAUAGAGUAGAGCCUUUAAGGUAGUCCAUGAAUAAGCAUUAUGAUGAAUAUAAGAAUCAAGCAGUAAAAUAAUCAUUAACAAACAAUAAAACGUUGAACGUCAAGAAUUAGAAACUACCGAGCAUAUUGCCAGAGUUAUAAUAAUUAUAAAAGGAUUCUACAAAAAUUAAAGAUCCAAAGAAUUUACUUACACCAUAGACUCAGCAUAAAAGAUAAUCCCCAUUGAAGCUAAGCAUUACCCCAAAUGAAAAUAGUUGCGAUCCAAAUGACUCUUUAGUUUCAACAUCGAGAUUAGUUCCGGUUUAGCAGCAACCCUUAUUAAAUAUACCAGAUCAUUUGAAUAUUGUCAGUAAAUAGCAGAACCAAUAAAUGAUUUUUCAUGUAAAUAAAGGUGGCCAAGUAAUUAAUAAUAGCAAUCAUCAUAUCAAUAUAGUCCCUGGAACUCCCUUAUUUAAUCCUUUAAAACAAUCUGCUGAAAGUGUUGUAUCAUUAAUGAGUAAUGGAACUAUUGGGAGCAUAAAUAUAUAAAAUGUUUAAAGUAUACAUAUUCAUAAUAAUGUGAAUGCUACCUCUAUGCAAUUAAAUGGCUUAAAGGACUAGUUCAAAACAAAUCCUAUUAGUUAAAAUAUGAUUCCUCAGCAUUAGUCUAUGCAAACACUAAAGACUGAUGGGAAAGAAGAGCUUUCAUAGAGUAAAGUACAGUUACGUCAAUAGAGAUACAAUAGUAGCCUGAAUAAUAGUGAUAAACAGAUGUUUAGGUCUAAAAGUAAAGACUAAUAAUAAUCGGUCUAGAAUAGAAUCCAAAUCGAAAUCAAGUCUAAUUCCAAGGACUAAAAAGAUUAAAUUCAAUUAACUAAAAUAAAAAAAUCAAUGAUAACUGUUCCUGGUAAUUAAGAUGAUGUCAUUUAGAGAAUCUAAGCAAAACCCAAUCUAAUCGAUUAAUUGAUUGAUAACCGAAAAUCUUAGGAAUAAUAGCAAAUGAUAUACCUUAGUUAGCUAAAUGUAUUACAUGAAAAAAGAUAGGAACUGAGUACUCCAUAAUUCAAUGAGCCAAGAUAAACAUUGAAAUCCUUCAAUGCAUAGUAAAUUUAAAUUCAAAACAGCCCAUAAACAAAAAAUCCCUUUGAAAGUGCAUCCUAAAUGCUAGAUGAUUAAUUUCAUAGUCCACAAAAAACAACUUCUGCUUUUUUUGCAAUGCCCUAGUAAUAUCAAAAGCAAGGAUCAAUUCUAGAGAGAAAAGAUUUCUUAAAAAGAAUUCAAUCUUAAUAAGCGUUUUUUGAAGACUCAAAUAAUGAAGGCUCUACAUAUGAUAAAAAAUCAUCUCAAGGCAGUGAAAGACCAUCUCAUCUCUCACAAUAAAACACCCAUCUAAACAAUAUAUUUGGCCUUGAGAAAUAGGUUAAUAUAAAGUAGGGUUCAGACAAGAAAAAACUACUUGGGAAAAAGAAAAAGGUAAUGCUAAUGCAUCAACUUAAUAGUGUCACUAAUAGUGGUAAUGCUAGUGGCUUGACAAGUAGCAAGAAUAGUAAUAGACCUAGUUAAGCAUCCUACAAUAAUGACGUGUCUCGUUAGAAUAGUCACGGCAUUGGAGAUAGUAUCUUUGAAAAAGCAGCACUCUUAUUAUAGUAAUAUAACAGCAUUGGAAAUGUAAUCGGUAAUGCAAAUGAGUUAUUACCUCCCAGGCCAAAUGUCACUUUCUGUAAUAUAAAAGAAGAAUAAUAAGAGUCGAUAAAUUAUUCCCGUAACACCUGA